GUCUGGAAGCAGCUGAAGAAUAAUAGCUUUGGCUCAAUACUGCUAGCCUACAUGCGCUGCACAGCUCAGUUUUGAACAUCUGGACCCAAUCAAAAGAUCACGAGCUGGAAAGCACUCCUAGAAACAAACUUAUGUAGCUUAGAGCUUUGCAGAACUUUAUUGUGUUAAUGAGAGACUGUGGGAGCCUAAACAGCCAUUUUAAAUCACACAGUUGUUAAGUUUUGUUUUUGCUUGCACACAGCACAGUGCUGGGCAGAUAUUAAACGGAAGCCUCUAGCGUCAGUUUUUAGGGUGUUUGAAGGUUUAAUGCAACAAUGGCAGCCAUACAGCUCAGAUUCUUAUUAGUUUCAUUCUUUACAAGUAUUGCGGGAGAAGCACAAUAUGUAAUGCAAGAUGCUGGAUUGGUGCAUUACAUCGACCGCCGAAUUCUCUCAAUAGAGAACAGGUUAAACAAAUGCAAUCAAGAUAUUGCAGAUUACGUCCAGGAAUUCCGAGAGUUUUCCAAGAGGAUGAUGUCGCGCCUGGAAGGACUCAACGUUUUGAAGACAGAUCUUAAAAAUGAUGUUGACCAUUUGCUAACAAGAGUGGAAAGAGCACAAAGGGAAAUUGAUUAUUUUGAAUCGGCAAAGGAGUCCCCCGACACCUGCGUGGAAGUCGACGAGGACCUUGUGGAGCAGCAAUUAAUGGAACAAGAGGAGUCGAAACAGAAAGUCAAGCUCAUGCUCAAUGCAAGUUGUAACCACAUGAUUGCAAGCUUCAAAUCCCUGAAGAUUGUAAAGAAGUCUGGAGACACACAGGGCUCAUGGCUGAAGGACCCCAUGAAGAACCCCCAAAAGAUCUAUUUCUUAACUGGGGUAAAGAACAAAAUUGUAAUGGAGUUUGCAAAUAUCCGGGCUUUUACUGAAAGCGGUGAGAAACAGUCAGCUCGCAGAGUUAACCUGCCUUUUCCCUGGCAAGGGACAGGCCAUGUUAUAUAUGACGGUUUUCUGUUUUAUCACAAAUUUGGCUCCCUAAAUGAGAUAAUUAAGUUUGACAUUCAGAAAAGAAAUGUAACUGGCCGGCUGCUUCUGUCAGGGGCAGGAGAGACCUUCGCCUACGAUCUUCUUCCUUCCACUAAGAUAGACCUAGCUGUGGAUGAACUGGGAUUGUGGGCAAUCCACACAGAGCCAGAUCCUGGUAGAAAGCUGGUCAUUUCUAAAAUCAACUAUGAAACCAUGGCCGUGGAAUAUACCUGGGACACAUCCUGCAAAAGCCAGAAUGCUGAAGCAGCUUUUGUGAUGUGCGGCGCCCUGUACGUAGUGUACAAUUCACCAGGGGGAGGUACGUCUCGCAUCGAGUGCAUUUAUGACACCUUAGACACCAUCAAUCCUUAUGAAAUCCCGACACUUCCUUUCCCCAAACGCCAGACGAGUCACUCCAUGGUGCAUUAUUACCCCAGAGAAAAGCAACUCUUUGCCUGGGAUAAUGGAUCCCAGGUCAUUUACAAGCUCCUGACAAAGCUAAAAAAUUAAUAAAAGCAACAACAUAAAAAUCUCCUCCAUACUAAAAAACUUGCCAGUGUAAAUAUGGUAAUGAAUUUACAAGUACUAGUGACUGAGAGGUUAUUUUUUUCUUCUUGCCCACAGUUUACACUUAUUUUUACACUUUAUUUUGCCUUUUAAAAAGAAGAAGAUUUUUCACCCCUUUCCCCA